AUGGACCCCAAGAAGCCCGCCGUUUUGAUUAUUGGUGGCCUCGGCUUUAUCGGUCGCCACCUGGCACUCUAUAUUCAUGAGAACAAUCUUGCCUCCGAGGUUCGCAUUGUCGACAAGGUUCUUCCUCAGCUGGCCUGGUUAGCUCCGGAAUUCAAAGAUGCAUGCUCCCAGGACAAGUUCGUGCAAGCUGAUGCCAGUCGUGAACAACAUAUACCGCGCAUCUUUGACCGCGCUAAUGGUGAGCAAUUCGACUACGUUAUCAACUGUGGCGGAGAGACCCGCCAUGCCCAGCCCGAUGACGUCUAUGAAGCGCGCAGCUAUACCUUGAGUCUGGUCCUGGGAAAGGAGGCUGCUAAACGUGGCAUCUCUGCCUACGUCGAAGCCUCCACAGCCCAUGUGUACAAGAGUGGGUCAUCUCCACGCUCGGAGACAGACAAGAUUGACCCGUGGCAUAAUCUGGCUAAAUGGAAGAUGAAGGCGGCUGAAGAGUUCGAAAAGAUCCCCGGCCUGAAAUCCUGCGCACUUCGUCUGCCGCACGUCUAUGGUGGAUAUAACCCUGGCUACUUCGGUGUGGCCAUAUGUCUAGCGCGAGUGUACGUGGAACUGCAACAGGAUCUUGAGAUUUUGCAUACCAAGGAUGUCAAGGUGAACACACUACACGUGAAGGAUGCCGCAAGUGCGCUUUGGAAAACGGCCGAGUGGAGGGCCGCCCAAGGAGAUUGCAAUGACCCGAAUAUACCCGCCAUCUUCAGAGAGAAGAAAUUACACAUUGCCUUUAACGUUGUUGACCACAACAACACAACACAAGGGGAUCUCGCCGAUGCAUUGGCUGAAGUGUUCAACUUGAAGGUCACGUUCAUUGGAUCACUUGUUUCGCAGUUGGCCAAGAUGAACCUAGAUGACAUUGUCGAUGACAUGAACGAAGUUAGUCUGCAGGAAUGGGCAGAUCUGAUUGAGAAGAGCAACAUUCAACGUCCUGGGCCUAUUGGACCCUUCCUUGAGAUUGAUGUUCUCAAGAACAAGGACAUGUCCAUUGACGGCUCCUUGUUCGAAAAGACCACGGGGUGGCAGCCAAAAUAUGAAAAAUUCGACGCGAGUAGCAUCACUGAGAUGGUUGAUAGCUACAAGCGUAUGGGCUGGUGGCCAUGA